CAUCUAUGAACUUCUAGCAGCCCAACCCAAGAGAGGAGCUCUCUCAAAACUUUCAGGGAUUCACCCGUGCCUCGAACAAGCAUUAAUAUUGUUGUAUAUCCAUGGCUACCUUUGUGUGAACGAGUAGAGGUCUUACUACGUUAUAUGGAUUAGUGAAAGUGUUCUGGAUGAAUUCGGGGUGGAUCGUGGUUUGACGGAGUCAUCAAACCUAGGAGCUAUGAUUCGAAUAUUUAAAGUAAAGGAGAAGCAGAAAGAAGAUGCUGAAAACUCCAUUGGAGGUGUGCCUGUUAAGAAGCAGUCAGCUGGGGAGCUGCGUCUUCAAAAAGAUAUCACUGAGCUGAACCUGCCUAAUUCCUGCAACAUAACAUUCCCCAAUGGCAAGGAUGACUUAAUGAAUUUUGAGAUCUCAAUUAAGCCUGAUGAAGGGUAUUACAAAGAUGGGAAGUUUUUGUUCUCUUUCCAAGUUCCCUCUAUCUACCCACAUGAUGCGCCAAGGGUUAAGUGCAAGACCAAGAUCUUCCAUCCAAAUAUAGACUUGGAAGGCAACGUUUGCCUCAAUGUCUUGCGAGAAGAUUGGAAACCUGUUCUGAAUAUCAACACUAUAAUUUAUGGAUUGUAUCAUCUCUUUACGGAACCAAAUUGUGAGGAUCCCCUUAAUCAUGAAGCCGCUGAUAUGUUGAGGGACCAGCCAAAUGUGUUUGAGGCAAAUGUAAGAAGGGCUUUGGAAGGUGGGUAUAUUGGGGAUGAAUAUUUUGAAGCCUGUACGUAGAUUCCACCAAGUUACGAAUGGUGGGUUGUAUAAUUUAUCUGCUAAUUUUAAUUUUUUUAUAGUUUGCUUUUGCUUUAUUUCAUGGAAGAACCUGGAUUCCUUAAGAAAGGCCAGCUACCUGUAAUCUGAACGAAAGUUCCCCUUACCGUUACCUGUUAAACCAUGUUGAUGUCA